AUGGUGGAGAUCCUCCCUGCUCGUCCGCCCACACCCCCAAGGACAACUUCGCGCAUUGUGAUUGAAAACGCCGAGUCACCACCAGCCGUUCAAACACCCAAUGAGUCACCAUUUUCCGCGUUAGGGUCGGUGCAGGUUGGUCCAUCCAGCCGCAGUUCGAAGAAAGUGAAUUUCUCUCCAUGGCCCAAGUACAUCAAACCACCAACAUUUGCUAGUGCCAUGAAAUCGGCCCCCGACUUCAAGACUAUCCCUCCGUCUCCGAACUCCAAGCCUACGAAGUCGAUCUUGAAAGCAACCCAGUCGCCAAUUCCCGUUUGGUCACCCAACGUCGAUACAUUCACCGCCGAAUCGCUUGCCAUGCUGCUCGAAUCAGUAAUCCAACAGCUGGCUGGCGAGUCGAUGAGCUCCCGACUCGACGCCUACAUGCAAUUUUAUGGUGCGCUACGCACUUAUAACGGGCUUCCAGCGGGUCAGAAGAUUGCCGAAAAAUUGAAUCUCAUCACCGAGUUUAUUCAGCGAGAUGUGAAUCGGGACUUUGCGAACGGCUCCCUUCUCGACACAAACCUUGCCAAUCAAGCUCUGAAAUUGUCAAUCUCGUUUGUUUGGAAUCCGGAGAUUUCGACCCAGCUUUCGGAAGAGUUCAAAAUCUUUCUGGUCGACCAUUCCAUCACUUGUCUCCAUGAGGCCAAGGCCCCAAAGUCCGUUUUGAUACACUACAUGUCCAUAUUGUCUAAUCAGAGCUUUGGACCCAAGAUUAUGACCGGUGCUCGUGUAGCCCGCCUUUUGACAGUACUACAAGACAUAAAUAAGAACAUCAGUGGCAACUCAAUUGUUUCUCAUCGAUUGAACAUUUACCAGCGGCUGCUGGGCCAAGCCAAAUCCGCUUUCAUCUCCCAAGCAAGCCUGUGGAUGGAAAACUUGAUAUUCGGGCUGCUUCAUACUUUGAAGGAUACUAGGUCAAAAUCGAUUUCAUUUGGCUUCCAGGUGGCGACAGACGCCGGUCCAAAUCCUAUACUGUCGAAAAACAUCCGGGAUCUCUUUGACCGGCCAUUAGAGCAUGACCGAAAGCUUGUGUCCGAGAUUCGUGAGCGCAUGACUCGAAUGAUGGCGACGGAUAGCGGUGAGCAUGUUCCUCAAAUUUGGAGCAUCAUUAUCCUUCUUCUCCGGAGCAAAAGAUGGAAUUUUGAGCAAUGGGAACAUUACAAGGAAUGGGUUCUCGUACUCCAAAAAUGCUUCAAUUGCAGCGAGCCAGUGAUCAAAGCGCAGGCUAUCGUUGGUUGGAAUCGAUUUGUCUUUGCUGUCAGCCCCAACGAAUCAACGAGCCGAUCUCUCCUAAAAAUGCUGGGCAAACCGGUACUCUCUCAAUUCGACCGUAAGAAGGCCGACAAGUCAGGAGCACCGCCCACUCAACUUGCUCUGACAAGCUACUACAAUCUGUUAUACUACACGUUUCGCCCUUCAGCUUCUUAUCAGCACCUGGAUAUUAUAUGGGAGGAAUACGUGGCCAUUCCGUCUGCAGGCAUCUUCUCAUCAGCCCCGGUUCUCAGUGACUGUCUUGCGCGCAUAUUGGCAAACCUGCUGUGGAGUACGCAGGCUAAGAUAUGGGUAGAGAAUCGAAUCAAUGAUACUACCAAAAUGGAGGCGGAGGAACUUCCUGCAGCCGACAGCAGAUGGGUCCGAUCAAGAAUUACCUCGAUUCUAAAGGUUUUUGAGCAUAUAUUUAAAGCCUCGGUCUGGGUUGAUGGCGCGGUUGGCCAAUCUCAUGUGGCAUUGGCCUGGAGUAGUCUAUCCAGUGCUCUAUCGAUUGCGUCCAGCAAAGAGAUCACCCCUUCGGGGGAAUCAAUGCAAGCUGUUGCCAGCGUUUGGAGUCUAAUGCACCGCCUUUGGAAUGCAGGGUCGCCCUCAUUGAAUGCCGGCACCACGGAUGAGUUCUUCGAAAGAUUCAGAUUCUUGUCUACAACAAUGAUUGUUUCGAUUGGGGGUAUUCCGUUUACCGAAAAGCUUCUCUUGAGAAAUGCGGAUGAGACUGAGAGCAUUUCCAUACAUUCACCUCCUAAUACGACCCAAGAAAGUGCUAUUCUUCACCUCCUUCGAAUAAUCAGCAGCACUGCGGGGACAAUGGUGCCAAGCCAAUCUUAUAAACUCCUUGUCUUAUGUAAUAUUGAAGCAGCAUGCAACGGGAGAUUCUCCCGAGGAACUCGCCUCGAACUUCUCCAACAGUGUGCAGAAUUGAGCACUUCGAAGGCCAGUGCUAUUCCACGAGCAGCUCAGCUUUCGGAGGUGGUUUGGAAUGCCACUGCCCAGGUGGCCGCAGAUUCUUUGCAGUCGUUCCCCAUGGAAUCCGCUCGUGGGCGCGACGGGUCUGUAUCUCGUGACUACGAAAAUGUCAUUAAGAUUCUCUCCCUCGGACUUUCGUUUCCAUCGGCUUUCGAAGGGUGGUCUCAUUUACUUGAAACCUUUGUUCGCGUGGUUCGAACAGAGAAAGGGAACCAAGCGGUUGCCACUAUGAUUGUGGAACCCAUGGCCGAGCGCCUCAUGUAUCUUUGCGCUGGAGAUACUUACCUACCCUCGACUUCACUGCUUGGUCAUUCCUUAUCUAUCCCUUUCAUGCAAGGAACUGGGCUAGGGAUUGAUCGCAGCGGCAUCCAGGCAGCUGGACAUGUCAUCUUUCCUCAUAAACUUAUCGCGUCGACUGCGCAGACAUUACAUGAUGCAUAUCACAAUUUCAACGCAUCACAAUCCCACGGUCUUGCCGACUUCAUCGAGGCAUUGACUUCUUUCCUGGGGAUCGGUGUUCCGCAGUUCCAAUCACAAAUUCUUCAAAAUCUCCAGUCAUCCCUUGGUCUCUGGUUGAAGGACGAAUCUUACAAAAUUCACGUUGACCACGGCGUUGACAGCAGAAUUCUGACAGCGUGCCGUGCGCUAUCGUCAGCUACUAUCAAUAUUCUCCAAAAAUCAGUUUCCCAUGAUCUAGCUUCUUUGAAAAUCUUCGAGCCGAUUAUUUGCGCCGGUUUGGAGUCUUCGCACAUGUCAAUAGCCAAGAGAUAUGUCGAACUUUGGGGCUUGACCUUUGGCUCACAGUCUUUAGCCACUCCAGUCACCAUUUUACAAGCUGUACAAACUGCUAGCUCGAGGUUGCAGACCGCAACAUUGCCUCCGCAAGACGGUGAUCAGGAUACCGAGAUGUCACCUCCAUCUCCGCAAGACAAGAUGAAUCGGUCAUUGCAUCAGCCGUCUCAGGACACUCAGCUUUCGUCCCCCGUCAUACGGACCGAAGACUCCUCGGUGGCCAUCAAGCCAACUGAGCAGUUCCAUGAACCCCAGUUACCGAGUAACCUUCAUCAGCCCACGGAUGCGCAAAUUAUUGAUGGUGUUUCAGUGUCUCACAAGCGCAAGAGCCGUAGUGAAAUGUUUUCGAUGAUUGAAUCCAUUCAAUCUUCGUCGCCUGCUAGUACGCCGCGGAAAUUGGGCUUCGAUACUCCUCCGCAUCUGCCCAAACUACAUGGAGAAUCAAAGACCGAACUUCCUCUAACGCCCACUCUCGCCCCUACUGAGAAUGAAGAAGGAUUCAUCGGCUCUUCUCCUACUCCUGGAACCAGAGACCCAACGCCUGCUAUGAACUCCGACGCACUCACAUCGGGCCAUCUACUUGCGGAUUUGGGUAUGGACCCUCCAUCUUCUCCUCCAGAUAUGCAAUCUCGGAGUCCAAGCCCUCGGAAGAGUCGCUCGAAAAGUGCGCGGCGAAAGGCUGCAAAGGCAAGAAAGGCUCUUGUCGGUAUCUCCGGCAAACAGUCAACGGUCAACAGCCCGGCUACUUCCCAUCUUGCAACGGAAAAUAUAGAUACACCUAUGGGGAAUGCCUAUGACUAUGAUAACGAAAACGCCGACACUGCACCUCGAGUAAAUGGAAUGACUCCCAGCCGGCAACUUCGAUCUGCGCUAGGUAAAAACCCGGAUACAGAAGAACCUUCUGCGGUGCCACUAGUUGAUUCUGAUAAGACACCUGUCCAACAACCUACUCGCAGAAGUAAAUCAAGCUCGGGCUCUAAGAAAAAACGAAAGCAAUCUCAGUCUAAGCCUGCAGAUGAUCGACCUCAGGAAGCCGCAGACAUGCCUUCUGUUAUCCCUCCGGAUGGUUUCAUGGACUCGAGUGAGGAGACAGAGACACAAGUCGCAUCACAGCUUGGACAAGACUUGGAACUAGCAUUGGAUAUGGAGGACAGAGGUCAUCUGGAGCGAACAAAACUUCCGGACGAGCCAUCCAGGAAGAAGAGAAAGCGGAAUCAAAUGGAAUCAUCCCCAACUAUGAGAACUGACAGGCGCCGGUCUUCAAGGCUGUCCACAGUUAAAGAUGUGGUCAGUGUCGAGCUAUUGCAGCCUGAUGACUCACAUUCGCACCAUGUCAUUUCUCAGUCGGCCUCUCCAGCUCCAUCAUUAUCACCAACUGCAACUCGCCGAUCCACCCGCAGUUCACAACGAAAAUAUGCUGAUGACGCUUCCACGGAUUCAGUCCCUGCAACUCAGAGCUCCGUUGUGCAGGAAUCAACACAAGAUGCCGAGACCCCGCGGCCGUCCAAAAGGACUCGUAAAUCCAUUCAUCUUGAGGACCAGUCUGUGUCUAGCACCAUCGGUAGCACUCCUCAAGGCGUCUCUCGAGAUACCCGCUCCCGCAAGACACGGCAUCAGCAGGCGUCUCAACCUCAACCUUCAAGCAUUGCAUCCGAGGAAAAUGGCGAUACUGACCGCUUGCCACCUGAUGUCAGCCUAGACCGGAUCCCCGAGAGCCUUAUUACAGAAGACCAAGCGGGCCAGAAUACCUCUCUUGUUUCGACCGAAGAGGCAACUGCCACUCAAGUCUCUGAAAGGGAGCAAGCCAUUGAGUUUGCGGUAAAACUAGAUCCCGAGGAGGACAUCAACAUGAAUGCCGUCCAGCAAUCUGGUGGAACAGUCGAGCAAACUACAAGUAUUGCCACAACGGGUACUCAAACCCAAGAAACACCCCCUGAACCCAAAUCCGACAUCAGCGAACAAGGCAUCGUCCAAUCCCUGAAGAACCUCUUAGGUGAAAUGAAAAUGACGACCUUGUCACCGAGCGCUUUCCGCGAAGUCGAUGAUCUCCUCUUCAACCUCCGUUGCGAGGCACAAAAUGCAUCAACGCGACACAAUACUUCAGCAUAG